AUGAUUACAUAUCCGGAGUAUAAAAUAAAUAAUCAAACGAUUUUACAAGAACAAUUUGAUGAGAUUUAUGAACCUACUCAAGAAGAAAUUCGUGAAUAUGCAAUAUACAUUGGUAUUGAUCCAGAUAAAGAACCUCAUCUUCUUUGGCUAGCUCGAGAAGGUAUCAUGAAACCAUUACCACCUGGUUGGAAACCAUGUCAAGAGGAAAAUGGAGAAUUAUAUUAUUUUAAUUUUGAUACUGGUAAAUCAUCAUGGGAUCAUCCAUGUGAUGAAAUUAAUAAAGCACGUGUUGUUGAAGCACGGUAUAUUUUAUCAAGUUGUUAUUGCGUUCUAUACUAUCAAGUUCUUAUUGUUUAGACGAAAACAAUCAUUAUCAACGACUGUGCUUGACACAGAUAAAAGAGGUACAUAUUGGAGUUAAUCAACAAUGGUGUAAACGUAUAAAUAUAAAGAAAUAGUUAACAUUUUAUUUUAUUAAAUGUUCAAAAAAACAAACUUCGCUAGGAUUAUUUAUCGAAAGUUCUCUUCUGUAGCAAUUAGUUGAAAAUGCUUUGAGUUUUUUUUCUAGUUUUAUUAUUAUUAUUAUCGGAAUACUACACGAACAAAUUGCGUUUCAUUCAUUUUAUCAGGUAAUCUAGGUUUGAUGUAGUUACUUUGCCAAAGGUUACAGUCCCAAGUUUGUCAAACAUAGCGAAUAUGAUAUUACAUGGAUGCCUUGUUCUAAUAAAUAAGCGGUAGAUGCGGAUGUUUUAGAAAUGAGUUGUUUGACAUCUAUUGCGUUUUCUUGAAUUAUGUGAGACACUAAUCGAAAUUGUUUUAGUCUGUUUUAUUUUUGUUGACUAUAUCGACCGAUUUCGAAUCACGACUUUUUGUCAGGCUUCAUACCUUCUUAUUUUAUAUGGAAAAGGGUUGUGAAAAUUUAGAUGUUACAUUUUUCAAUCGUAUCCUGAAAAAAAUUUCGGAAGCUAUAUUCAUUCCUAGGAGAACUUUUUCAGGAGGAUUUUAUGAAGUUGUUUCCUCUGUGCCAUAAUGAGUUUUGAUAAGAAACCAACACAUAGCAAUAAGGAUUUAAGAACCGAGAACAGUCAUGACGACUAACCUGAAGUUGAUUUUGUAGCUUCAGCUGGAAGAAGACCUUGCGAAAAAAUAUGAAAGAAAUGUGGUUUGCUUUGUGAGUAUACUGAAAAUAUUAUCAAUUGAACUACUAUGACAGCAGUAGACCAAUGCUGCCGUUUUUAAAGUUAAGCAACAUCUUGAUGUGUUUCAGAAAAAGAUUAGUGAAUCGAUGUAUGAUAGGUGUUACGUAUAUAUUAAUUAUUGAAUAAGUCUACAUCAGAAAUGAGCCGAGCCAAAAAAAAUAAUUAGGCUACUGCUGUUUACCAGAAUGCUUAUUCGCAUAGAUCACAUCUAUCGUAGGAUAAUAUGUUAUGUGUUGGUUCAGGAAACUCGAACAAUAAGAAUUUGAAGAUGCUUUAAAUAUCAAGCAAAGAGCUCAUAUAACAAUCUUCCUAUGACUUUCAGUGGUCUAUUAGAAAAGAAUUGCCAGAAUUGGGACUGAGGCUUUUUAUCGCAUAUCUUUCAAGCCCAUUUCCACGAUACCAUCUAAAAUCUCGAUCAGACUGGUUUACUUUUAAUAAUCUUCUUAUAAUAUUGACUACAGAUAAUUUAUAGUAAGUAUGCGUAUAAGAAGUGCAUUUUGACACCUAGGACAAUCAUUCCAGCUCACAGACUGUAGACUUCCUGCGGAAAACCCAGCAGUCUACAAUAGGACCAAUCGAUGAGGAAAUUGUUCCUCUUUAAGCAGAAAUGUUUUAUCUCCACACAAAGUCAUGCAUAACAAGGAGAAAUAGAAAAGACAAAAUAGAUAUAUGUCUAUGACUCACUACUCUUACACAUAUGUUUCAAUUUAGACAGAAAUCAUUCCCUUUUAAAGAGAAAUGCUUAAACAAGCAGAAAUAGAAAAAUAUGUACGAACUCAUCUGUUAUUCUUUGUCCUGCUACCCACAUUUCUAUGUUGCCUUCUUCUUAUAUCGACAGAAAUGAAUUAUUCAUUGCUACUAGAAUCAAUCCAUCAAAAGAAAAAUGAAAUGAUUGCUAUCUCCUUAUAUCUUUUCCAUUUCUAGUUAUAAGGGUAGAAAUGGAUAAAGCAUUUCUACUUGAAAUAGUUCCAUAGCGAACGAAAUCUGUUUAUUGAAAAGCAUUUCUGCUUGAGUUUAUGAGGAUAAAGCAUUUCUACUGUAAAUAGCAUAAUUUCUUGAUUUUUGGGGAUAUUGUCCAGCCCUCCUGGAAUUCGCAGGAAAAUACAUCGUUUUCUAUUGGAAUACUCAGAAAAUUGGUAGAAACUUGAAAGCAGGAAUUCGGUGAUCGGAUCCAGUGGUCAGGUUUGUCCGGUUACGGUCAUUUCCAGCUGAAACUGGAAAAAUUCUGACGCCGGCUCCGAUCACCGGAUACCUGCUUCCAAGUUCCUACCAAUUUUUCGAGUUUUGUGACUGGAAACGAUGUGUAUUUUUUUUAUUUGAAUAGAUUUCUUCCUAUUAGUAAAAAAAAGUUCUGCACGAGAAAAGAAGCAACAUUAUAAAUUAGACCAGACUCAUUCGCGAAAUCGAGCAGUUGGGAGUGAUGACCUGUAGGGACACCGACGACCGGCUACCACUUGCCUCUAAAGGAUACUUCUCCCUUUUUACGAGGUUUCUCGGGAAUGGGUCAUGAGAAAAAUUUGAAAUUUCAAGGCAGAAGGAUCCUAAUGAGUAGAGCAAAAGUUUUCAUAGACUUAAAGUUCCUAGAUCCUUCCUUCUGUGAGAUACUAGGAUCAUAAUUGCGAAUGAUGGCCCCAAUUUUCGUUCCACUUCUUCGAGAUGCUACGUUCGAUCGAGCUGAAACUUUCUUUUUUACAGAUACUAGAUACUGUUUGAGAUUGGUGUUUUUUGCCUUGUUUUUACAUUUUGUGCUUCGAACAAGAACAAAUAAUCCGAAACAUCGUAGGUAUCCUAAGAAUGCAUGGUUUUUGAACGUAGCUCUUUUUCGUAAGAGCAAAUUGAAAUCAGCAGAAUAAUAGUUUAAAAAAACAAAUACCCAUUGUAAACAGCGUCUAAUAUACGUACAAAAGUUCCAGCUCGAUCGGACUUACUCGACAGGAGAAACAAGGACAUUUUCGUACAUUUUCAUGAAAAAAUGGUUUCGAGAAAAAAACGCGAAAUCAUGUACAGUAUCAUUAUUUUCAUUAUGUCGAUUUGAUUUCUCGCAUUUUUUAACGUUUAAAAACAAUUACUUGUCUCGAAAUGUGCUCGGUAAAUAGAUACUAGGGCUGUACAGCUCACGCUCUUAUGAGGGUAUUUGUAAAACAAGCGAACACCCACGAACACCCACGAACAUCCCCAAACCGAGAUCUGAUAUUCCCAGCAGAUAGAGCUUGCCGAGUUGACUCCACGAACACCCACGAACACCCAAAACGAUGGAGCAUUAGAAAAAAUUUCCGAUGCAUACUGAUUUUUUCAAUCCACGAACACCCACGAACAUCCACGAACACCCACGAACACCCAAAAACCCUACACGAACACCCA